CUGCCCUCCUCCGGUCCCUCCCUCUUGCUCUCUACUUCUAUCUAUCAAUAUUCUACCUACCCAUCAGUCAGUUCAUUCACAUUUCUGUUGUAAUCUCUUUCUACUCUUCAAUUCUCCAAUUUUUUCUUUCAUUUUCUUGCAUUUCUUUUUUUUUUUUUUCUGGGUCUGCUUCUUUUUCUAGCAAUCGUUUUCUAUUCUGGGUUUUGUUUUUGUGGCAAUGAAUGCUCUAGCAGCCACUAACCGCAAUUUUCGCCAUGCUUCCCGCAUUCUUGGGUUGGACUCCAAGCUGGAGAAGAGUCUUCUGAUUUCUUUCAGAGAGAUCAAGGUGGAGUGCACGAUCCCGAAGGAUGAUGGAAGUUUGGCGACGUAUGUGGGGUUCCGUGUGCAGCAUGAUAAUGCUCGUGGGCCCAUGAAGGGAGGGAUCAGAUAUCACCCUGAGGUGGAUCCUGAUGAGGUAAAUGCGCUGGCUCAAUUGAUGACGUGGAAGACCGCUGUAGUUGACAUUCCCUAUGGUGGUGCAAAGGGUGGCAUUGGGUGCACCCCAAGGGACUUGAGUAUGAGCGAGUUGGAACGUCUUACUCGUGUCUUUACUCAAAAGAUUCAUGAUCUUAUUGGAACUCAUACCGAUAUACCUGCACCAGACAUGGGAACUAAUGCUCAGACUAUGGCAUGGAUUUUCGACGAGUACUCAAAAUUCCAUGGUCACUCACCGGCUGUAGUGACUGGAAAGCCAAUAGAUCUUGGUGGAUCCCUCGGUAGGGAGGCUGCAACUGGUCAAGGUGUUGUUUUCGCAACUGAAGCUUUACUUGCGCAACAUGAGAAGUCAAUCAAGGGUUUGACAUUUGUUAUUCAGGGUUUUGGCAAUGUUGGAUCUUGGGUAGCAAGACUCAUCAGUGAGAGAGGUGGUAAAAUCAUAGCGGUGAGUGACAUCACUGGAGCUGUUAAGAACCAAAAUGGGCUUGAUAUAGUGGAUUUGCUUAGGCACAAAGAAGAGACUGGUUGUCUAACGAAUUUCAGUGGCGGAGAUCACAUGGAUCCGAAUGAACUGCUCACACAUGAAUGUGAUGUUCUCAUCCCAUGUGCUCUAGGUGGAGUUCUUAACAAAGAAAAUGCUGCGGAUGUUAAGGCAAAGUUCAUAAUAGAAGCAGCAAAUCAUCCUACUGAUCCAGAAGCUGAUGAGAUUCUAUCCAAGAAAGGAGUCGUAAUCCUGCCUGACAUCUAUGCUAAUGCUGGAGGUGUGACCGUGAGCUAUUUUGAGUGGGUUCAGAAUAUUCAAGGUUUUAUGUGGGAAGAAGAGAAGGUGAAUUAUGAGCUUCAGAAGUACAUGACCAAAGCCUUUCAUAACAUUAAGGCAAUGUGUCAAUCACACAACUGCGGUCUUCGAAUGGGAGCCUUCACAUUGGGAGUGAAGCGAGUUGCUCGUGCCACGACGCUAAGGGGUUGGGAAGCUUAGGUUGGUUCUUAUUCAUCUUCUUUGUAUAUGUUCCCUUGUUACAGCUGAAGAAGCAGAUUGGUUUCAGUCAUUACCUUCCAUCAAAGUCCCAUUAUUUUUCUUUGUCAAUCAUGAACUUCUUCCCCACACAUUGAUGGGUGUUGCAAACAUUUGUAAUUCAUCAUUUCAAUGAAAAAAAGAUAUUAUCAACAA